AUGGCUUACUGGUUAAGUUCAAAGUUCAGCCAGAGCUCCUUCUCUGAUGCUGCUUCUUAUCGAUAUCCGUAUCCAAUAAGCGAUAUGCCACCGCUUCUGCAAGGAAAUGGUGCGAUUCCCUCGUUCUCGGAACAGACUUCGAUUCUGAGUGCUUUGGGCACACUCAUCGGCUACAUCGGAGCGGAGGCUGCGACUGACCAGGUUUUCGAACGUCUGCUAUGGCCACAAAGGUUCUGGAAUGGCUUCAGUAUAUACCAUGCGCUUCAAGUGGCAAUGUUCAUGCCAAUGGGCGGUCCCCUCCACCGAGCUGCUUUACAUACGCUAGACAAGUUCUUUGAGAAUGGGCUCUUCAAAGGAGAUAAGAUGGGACAUAUGCUGGGCACCGCCUUUUUCAGAAACUCCGGAUGGUCUUAUGCUGUCUGGUACAAUGGUCAACAAGAGUCGACGGAACUUGUACGCAACGGACUGUGGAUUCGAGCGGCUUCACUUCUACCCAUCCCAAUUGAGAAGCAGCAAAAGGGCCUCGAAACUGGACGACCAGUCAGAGCAAGGACUACACUAAACACGUUGGUCCUGGAUUAUACCACCAGUCCAUUGCCUAAGAAGGAUAACGCUGUAUCGCAAGAGACCAAGGGACUAUCAUUGAAGAUCUUCUUUGCCCUUCUGGUGUCUGAGUUUAGUGGCGUUUUAGCAGGCGUAACCGUUGCGGUGGUAUGGAGAUCUUGGUUCGCCUGGCUUUGGUUCGCCCCGCUUCUUUUGAAAUGGAACAGUGCAAUAUUCGCCGUUGCAAGAGAGGAUCUUGCUCCCAAAGUAGUGCCAAGCGCUCCAGCGGCAACAGAGCGCACCAAACUAUUCGAAAUCCUUCACCCACAACAGGGCAUAUUCCUGAUCGAGGGCAAUGAAUCUACCGUUCUCCAGUUCUUCAGACACUACGGACACCCAGUCAGAAGUCGGACACGGGAGCGUGCGCAAUUCGCCAUCAUCAUCUGCUUUGGACUCAUGUUCCCAGUUGGACUCGUCAGCUCUAUUAUCUGGAUGCCGACGUCGAUGCAGUACCUGUGGUUAGGUUAUCAACUUUACGCUACGCUCGCAAUGUACGUAUACCGGUAUACGAACAGUCACAUUUGGGCAACGACCGAAGAGGCCUUGGCGGCUAAGUUCAAGGAGGCGGGUUUUAAGCGCUCAACUGAGAAAUCUGCUAAAGCGGAGCCAAUCUAUCUAGACGGCGGAAAUGGCAACAUUUUGUCAGCAACGUUGAUGACUACGUAUCACAAUAGUUUCGGGUCAGCUAGGGACGCGGCUAAAGCACAUCUCCAAUCGACUACAUCCGUACCGAGAAAGACGUCUAGAGAAUCUUCCAAGACACUCAGUCCGUCGGACUUGGACUCAGUCAACCCAUCUGAUAAUUGGAGGACGUCGCUUGAAAAGGAGUAG